UACAAGCAUCCAAAAAGUCAUACAUACAAACCUUCAAAAGUCUUCACCUUAAAUUCCGAACACAUAUAUGUGUUAGUGUGUGAUCUUUGAUUGAACUUUGUCCAGAGACUCAAAGAUAGACCAAAAAGGUUCAGACCCCAAAACAAAUACAAGAAAACAGCCAAAAAGCUAGAGACCAAGAUGAGAUCAAGCAGCCAAAGUUCUGAAAACUCCAAGACUUGUCCAUCUAACAAUUUCAAAGCAACUACCAAGAAAGAAGACAACAAAGAUGAUGAGAACAAGGAUGAAGAAGCGAGAUCAGUAGAUCAGAGCCCAUCGAACAAUAGCUAUGUAGAAGAGAGUGGGAGUCACCAUCAUAAUAAUGAUCAGAUCAAGAAAAAUGGUGGAUCUGUGAGGCCGUACAACCGCUCAAAGACUCCAAGGCUGAGAUGGACACCUGAGCUCCAUCUCCGCUUCCUUCAAGCUGUGGAGAAAUUGGGUGGACCAGAUACAGGAGCAACACCGAAGCUUGUUCUUCAAUUGAUGAACGUCAAGGGGCUAUGUAUUGCUCAUGUUAAGAGCCAUCUUCAGAUGUACAGAAGCAAGAAGACUGAUGACCCAAAUCAAGGAAAUCAAGGAUUUUCGUUUGAACACGGAGCUGGUUACACUUACAACCUUGGCCAACUUCCAAUGCUACAAAGUUUUGACCAAAGGCCUUCUACUAGUUUAGGAUACGGUGGCGGUUCAUGGACGGACCAUAGACGCCAGGUCUACCGUAGCCCUUGGAGAGGCUUAACAGCACGAGACAGUACAAGAACAAGACCCACACUGUUUAGCUCACAGUCUGGCGAGAGAUUUCGUGAAGUUAGUAAUAGUAUUCUUGAUGAUACGAAUAAAACUAUUUCGUUUCGAAUCAAUUCUCAUGAAGCUGCUAGAGCGAGCAAUGGAGUAGGUGAAUCAGUUCCAAGUAUUCAUAGAAGCUUUCUUGAAGGUAUGAAAACGUUAAGUAAAUCAUGGGGACAAAGCCUCUCCUCCAAUCCUAAUUCUUCGACCGCAUCAGGGCCACAAGAUCAUAUUGAUACCAUAUUAAGUUCUAAUCAAAGGGAAAAUCCUAGAGUGGCAGAAGAAACGGAGAAUGUUUUGAAAAGGAAAAAGUUGUUACUGUCAGAUGAUUGCAAUAAGUCGGUCCAAGAUUUGGAUCUAAGCUUGUCCCUUAAGGUACAUCGGACUCACAACAACCUUGGAGACUGCUUGAUAGAAGAUGAAGAAAAAGAACUUGACGAUCAUGAGGAUAUCAAGGGUUUGUCUCUUUCAUUAUCUUCGUCGAGUUCAUCAAAACUCGGUCGAGACAUUAGGAAAGAAGUUCAAAAUGAUCCUAAAAAGAGAAAGAUUUCGGUCUUGGUAAGUCCCCUUGAUCUCACUUUAUGAAUAUAUAACAACAUAUAUAUACGUAUAUUCUAAGUGAGAUCUUGAGGUACUUGUUGAUGGAAGACGGUUCUUUGUUGUUUAUCAUUCGUUAAAUACUUGUGACAAGACCCAUAACUAAGGUAAUAAUAGAUACAUUUUUAAAACGUUGUUCUGGUCCUUUUUCCCAUAUAAUUUU